UGAAGUACUGUGGUUGACCCCCCUCCGCACACGCGCGGGCACGCACACUCCACAAGACCUUAUUAGCAGGUCAAAUAAGUCGUUCAAACUUGCUUGCUUUGGUAAAUUAACGCUCACUCAGAUGAAGGAGAUGUCCGGCUAUUGGCCAAGAGUUAGAGGGCACGUCAUCCCCAUCAAUCACCGAUCGAAUGUUUCUACAAGGCAUGUCCCUGUCUAGAUCGGUGCCUCUGUCCUUUAGCGCGCUAUGUGUGGCGUCUGUGGAUGGAGUUUCUGUCGCGUCCAUCCUCGGAUGAAGAUCUGGAAUAUAUGAGAUGCGGUCAUGAAUUCUUAUCAAGGGUUCAGGGACACAACGUCACUGUUCAUCAAGGGCUAUCAUGCUACUGGAGUAAUGCGUCUGCAUCAGCACCACGGAGCUACUACUGACUUCCCAAGCAGAGAGGAGGGACAUGUCAACACCGAGGCGGAUUUUCUUCGGUAUCAUUUCACGAAUCUCAGUGCCACGGCCAUAGACGCGUGUUCAAAGCCCUGUGAGGACCCUGGCCGUGCUAACUCGACCAGACCCCCCUUCCCCCAUAAUCAAGAUUUCUAUAGACCAGUGCACCCCAUCCGACCCCAAGUCCCCUCCUUCCAAAGCUGUCGUGAGCAGGGUCUCUCCAGAACGGGCUUCUCGCCUUCCUCAGACACUUUAAGAACUUUCUCCGGCGCGCAUUGUGAACUCGGCCCUGUCAACAACACACUAAUCGACGCGCACACAUGCGACGGCCCAGUGCUUCACCCUGCAGUUGAGGACAAUUAUACCAGACACGAGGCUCUAAACACGUUAAAUGAGACACUACAAAGCGGAAAGACAUUCGAUUGGAUGAGAGUGAGGAGAAAUCAAUCCCGUACAGCUAAGAUACAUCUGGACCCGGAGCUGAAGACGGACCACGGAAGAGAGCCUGACGAGGACCCCUCGAGUGGAGCACCACGAACAAAUUUUACAACCAAACAGCUGACAGAACUGGAAAAGGAGUUUCAUUUUAACAAAUAUCUGACUCGAGCUAGACGGAUUGAGAUUGCAAACACUCUCCAGCUAAGCGAAACACAAGUGAAGAUCUGGUUUCAAAACAGGCGCAUGAAACAGAAGAAAAUGCUGCGGCAAGGCUUAUUUCCGGGAUUAAUGCUGAUUUCUGCGUGUGAUGAGGACUCGAAAAAAACUGACACUUGUUCAUCUCCUGACAAAAGAUAAUUUCUAGUAGGGUAAGAUUAUUGGGACGGUUGCCAUACACUAAACUCUGAACGAUCACGUUCAUAUUGUGAGUUAUAACAAGAGAGUGUACGAUCAAAAUAUAUUUACACAUCCAAAAUGAAGUUUGCCAACAAACAUAAAUAUUUAUUUAUCGAUCCAAUUGUUUAAGAAAAUAAAGCAGUAACUUGCUAUGGUAAAAAAUAAAGUUUACUCACCUGUUGAGCAAGCGGAGAAAUCAUGAUUUAAUUCAAAUGCACUUCAUAGGCAUUUCUUACUUUAAACUAUUAUUAUGUUUAUUUGCUUUAUUUUUUAUUUAUUUAUUUAUUUUUGUUUGUUUUCAUUCUGACAGAAUCUGCUUGUUAUCAAAUGUUAAUAUUAAUAAACCUCAUCAGGGUCAAAAAAUUAAUCAGUUAAGGACAAAAGUGUCAGGACAGGGAAAAAAUACAAUGUUAUUUAAAACAUGGACAAAGAGAGGGGAAACUUUUUUUAAAAUAUAUUUUAUCUGAACUACCUACAUUUUAUGCCGUUGCAUAGACAUAAUCUAGUUAGUAUGUUUAAGGUAUUAAACUAAAAUGUACAGCAUACAUGUUUUACGUACGAUACAAAGAAAAUGCCCUCACAAAAGUAAAAAGCCCAGGGGACAAUUAUCGCGU